AUGAGGACGGCGGCGGCGGCGGCCUCGCCCUCCCGCGAGGAACUCGUCUACACUGCUCAGCUUUCGGAGAAGACCCACCGCUACGCAGUCAUCCACCUGCAGAUUUCAUUUCCUUUCUUGGCAUCAUCAUCUCUGCUCUGCUCUGAUGGAGCCCUCCAGAUCAGAGAAGCGCGGAUUGGACUUCCUGCCUGCCUGCAUAUUAUCAGCCAGCCGUUUGUUUCUAUUGUUUACACAGAUAUGUUAGAGGCGAUGAUCAGUAUCGCAAAGCUGGACACGGAGCUCACAGAGGUGGAGAGGGGCCUCUUCUGCAUGGUCUACCACAGCGUCAUUGAUGAAAAGUUCCUGGAGUGGCAUGCCCUCUCGUCCUUUCAGCUCAAGCAGGGGAAGAAGGGUAACUGGAAGGCUGAGAAGGCAGCAACAGAGUUCCGCCUCAAGGUGGAGGCUGAGGUAGAUGCAAGCUGCUAUCAUGUGAUCAACAUCAUCGACAAGCAUCUUCUUCCAUCUUCCUCUACUGCUGCUCAGAGCUUUGGUCUUCUGCCACAAAAUGGAAUUUGCUAUGGCACUCUUAGGGGCGAAAGGAAGGAAGCAUCUGACCUAUCAUUGAAAGCAUACAAGAUUGCUUCGGACAUCGCAGAGGCAAACCUUUGUCCAACAAACCCCUUCCGGUUGGCUCUAUCCCUAGACAUUUCUGAGUUUUAUUAUGAGGUCACACGUUCAACUGAGAGGGCUUGCCGAGUUGCAGCAGAUGCUCUCAAUGAAGCUGAAUGUGUGCUCGACUCACCCGGCAGAGAAUGA